UGAACCUUCAAUGAUACAUGCUGAACGUUUUAAAUACAUUUUUAAGGACAUUAAGAACUGUAAAAAUGCGUGGUAUCUUUGCUCGCUGUGUGCUCGCAGCACUGCUGCUGGCUGCAGCCAGGGCAGACCACCACCACCACCACGGCUCAGAACACAGUCAUGAGGGAGAACUGAGCUGCCACAAGCUGUCCUCUCCCAAUGCUGACUUUGCCUUUGCCCUUUACAAAAGCCUGAAUGCCAAGACUGCAGCUGGAAAGAACAUCUUCUACUCACCGCUGGGCAUCUCCACCGCCCUGUCCAUGCUGUCUACAGGAGCCCGUGGUGAAACUCAUAGCCAGCUGUUCUCCAGCUUGGGCUAUAGCACCUUUAACCAGACUCAGGUCAAUGAAGCUUACAAGCAUCUUUUCGACAUUCAUGGCCACAGCCAGGGCAGUCAGCAGCUGGAUGUCGGUAACGGCGUGGCUGUGCGCUCUGGCUUCAAUCCUCUGGAGACGUUCCUGAAGGAUGUCAAGCACUACUAUUCUGGUGAGAUCUUCAACGUCGACUUUACCAAACCUGCUGAGGCUGCAGCAGAGAUCAACACAUUGAUAGCUAAUAAAACCCAGGACAAGAUUAAAGAUAUGGUGAAGGACCUGGACCCUGCAACGGCUAUGGUGCUUAUUAACUAUGUCUACUUUAAAGGUAAGUGGAAGAAUCCCUUUAACAGUGACUUGACACACAAGGCUGAAUUCCAUGUAGAUGAAGCCACCAAAGUUCAGGUGGAUAUGAUGAUGAGGACGGGUUACUACAACACCUACUGGGACCGCGACAACCACACCACCGUCAUUAUGCUGCCCUACAAGGGCAACACCACCAUGAUGAUCGUCCUGCCUGAUGAAGGCAAGAUGAAGGAGGUGGAGGGCUACAUCAACAAGGACUACAUCAAGCACUGGCGAGACUCAGUCUCCGACAAUUAUGUGGAUCUAUUCCUGCCAAAAUUCUCCAUCUCUGCUGAUGCUUCCCUGGACAGCACACUGAAAGAAAUGGGCGUAACCAAUGCAUUUGAGGAAAAUGCUGAUUUCUCUGGCAUGUCUGACGAGGUCAAUCUCAAAGUGUCUAAGGCAUCCCACAAGGCUGUGCUGAGUGUCACUGAGAUUGGAACAGAGGCAGCAGCCUCCACCAUCGUCGAGAUAAUGUUCCUCAGUUUGCCGCCAUCAGUCGCAAUCAACAGACCCUUUUUGGCUUUCAUCCUGGAGAACUCUACCGGGAGCAUCCUCUUCAUGGGCAAAGUCAACAACCCCACGGCCAUGUAAAGGCACACGCUAGGAAAAUCAGAGCCAUGAUCACAGGCAUCAUCAUGGGGAUCCGACCAUGAUCAAAAUCACUGACUCUUUACCCAUAUUGUAGCAGAAAUGUGUCUGCAUGUGUGUAUUUCUCUUUGCAGAGGAGUUACUGGUCUCAGAAUGGAAUUCAAUCUACAAAAGUAUCAUUAAAGAACAUUUCAUUGAUGUAAAUAAGAAGAAGAUCGGCAACAGUCAGUCGAUUAAUCGAUCGACAAAAGUAAUAGGCAAUCAUUUUGAUAAUCAAAUAAUCUUUUUAGUGCAUUUUCUCAAGAAAAUGAUCAAGCAUUAGAUGGUUUCAGCUUCUCAAAUGGGAGAGUCUGUUGCUUUUCAGUGUCUUACAUUGUAGUUAAUUGGAUAUCUUUGGAUUUUGAACUAUUGGUUGCACAAAAAGACAUUGGAUUAAUCAAGAAAAUGUUCGGCAGAAUAAUCAAUAAUGAAAGCAAUUUUAUUUAGUUAGUUAUUAGUUGCAGCCCUAAGGAGAAGCGGUUUGAGUGGUUCUGCA